AUGUCUGCCUCUUCAGCUAUGAGACGGCUGACCCACAGGUCUCCCCGCACUUUCCAGUCGUCCCGCAUUUCGUCCCUUUCCCGCCCUUCGUUCAUUGCCGCUCAUCACAGCUUCAGAAUUUCUACUUCUCCGGCCCUGCCUCGUGUCUCCAGAUUCUCGACUAUGGCGUCCCUGCAAUCCGCUGCUCCGAUCCCUCCUGUCGGUGACAAGGCCUAUGAUCCGGAAAUUCAGGAUAUGGCCGACUAUAUCCACAACUAUAACGUGGAUUCCGAUCUGGCUUUUGACACUGCUCGUCUUGUCUUCCUCGAUACGCUCGGAUGUGGGUUGGAAGCCCUCAAGUUCAAGGAAUGCACGAAGCUCUUGGGCCCUAUUGUGGAGGGCACUGUGGUUCCUAACGGCACCCGCGUGCCUGGAACCCCCUACCAGCUGGACCCCGUGAACGGUGCCUUUAACAUUGGUGCCAUGAUCCGCUGGCUCGACUACAAUGACUGCUGGCUUGCUGCCGAGUGGGGCCAUCCUUCCGAUAACCUGGGGGGGAUCCUCGCUGUCGCCGACUGGAUCUCCCGCACCAACCGGGCGGGCGGGAAUCUUGCAGGUGGUCGGAUUUUCAAGGUCAAGGAUGUCCUGGAGGCCAUGAUCAAGGCCCACGAAAUCCAGGGCGUCUUGGCUCUGGAGAACUCCUACAACAAGGUCGGCCUGGACCACGUUCUUCUGGUCAAGGUCGCCACCACCGCUGUGGUUGCGAAGAUGCUUGGACUCAGUGAGAAGCAGACCGCCGAUGCCAUCACCCAGGCUUGGGUUGACGGUCAGAGUCUGCGGACCUACCGCCACUCCCCCAACACCAUGUCCCGGAAGUCCUGGGCUGCGGGGGAUGCCUGCCAGCGCGCGGUGAACUUGGUUCUUAAGGUGCAGAAAGGCGAGGGUGGUCUCCACACCGUCCUCUCCGCUCCGGUUUGGGGUUUCUAUGAUGUCCUAUUCAAGGGCAACAAGUUCCAGUUCCAACGCCCAUACGGUAGCUACGUCAUGGAGAAUGUUCUCUUCAAGGUGUCUUAUCCUGCCGAGUUCCACUCCCAGACGGCCAUCGAGGCGGCUGAGAAGAUCAACGCCACCCUCCAGUCGAUGGGCAAGAGCGCCAAGGACAUCAAGGAAAUCACCAACCGUACGCACGAAGCUUGCGUUCGCAUUAUCGACAAGCAGUUUAAGGCUCUGGAUAACUUUGCAGACCGGGACCACUGCGUUCAGUACAUGGUUGCCACGAUGCUCGUCUUCAACCGCCUGACCGCUGGUGAUUACGCCGAUGGCUCCGAGGCCGCGACCUCCCCCCUGGUUGAGGAUCUCCGCCAGCGCAUCCGUUGCGUUGAGGACCCCAAAUUCACCGCCGACUACCACAACCCCAGCAAGCGCACCAUCCCCAACGCCCUCACGGUUACCCUGAACGACGGAACCGUGCUGGAGGAGGUUAUGGUUGAGUCCCCUCUUGGCCACCGUCUGCGGCGCGAGGAGGCCAAGCCCGAGAUUCUGGCCAAGUACCAGCGCCACCUGCAGGCUCACUUUGACCAGGCUCGCAUCGACGAGCUUGUCAACCUGGGUAACGACAAGGCUACGCUGGAGGCCUACGAGGUGGACAAGUAUGUUGACCUGUAUGUUAAGGAUCAGAUGGUCGCUGCUGCAUAG